AUGCAGCCGGAGCUCACACGCACCGCGUUCACGUUCGCGGCAGUGCACCGCCGCCGUGACGCGCUGCGUGUCACGGCGGUCGCGCUGCACCAGCGCGCGGGGCGCGUGUACCUCGGCCUCGACAGCGGCGUGCUGGAGGAGCACCGCAUAACGGCCGCGGCGGCGCCAGGGGGCGCCGAAGACGCCGCAUCGGCCAGCACGGGUCCAGGCCUUCACCCCGGCGUCGCCGCGCCCGCGCCGGCGCAGGCGAUGCGGCUGCGACUGCAGGCUGAGAAGCACCUGUUCCGGGGGGCGGUGGCGGCGCUGGCGAUCGCGCUCGGGGCGGCACGGGUAGCGGCAAUGUCCGAUGACGGGCAGGUGCUGCUGUGCACCCUGGAGUCCUUCCACCUGGCGCCGGUCCCCGGCGCCCGCGGGGCCACCGCCAUCGCCGCCGACCCCUCCGGCCGCUUCCCCGCGCAGCUGGCCGUCGCGGUGCGCGCCUCCAAGGGGCGCAGCCGCGUGGGCGUCUACGACGUCGUGCCCGGCAGCGCCACCACCUCGGGGCACGGCGCGCUGCAGAGGCACCAGGUGCCUGUUGAGGCGACUGUCUUGCAGAUGGCCUGGGUGGGGGCCUCCAUCAUACUGGCCAUCCCUGGGGGCUACGCAGUGAUGCGCCCACCACCCGCCGGCCACAGCGGCACCCCCCAGCAGCGGCCGCAGCAGCCGCAGCAGCAGCAGUGGCAGGUGGUGGUGCUGGCGGACCACCUCACGGCGGCGCCGCUGCUGGGGGGAAUACCCUGCGAGAGCCCGCCGCAG